AUGCUGCGCAACGUCGUGUCCUUAGUGCUGCCCCUGGCACUGCACUUCACCAGCUCCCUGGGCUCGCCUUGCGCGCCGCCUAGCCUCCCUCUUCCCGCGAGUACGGUCUUCCAGUUCGAGUUAGGUUCCUGGAUCGAGAACCUAGCCGUCCGGGCCUCUGGAGAUCUUCUUGUUAGCCUGAUAUCCCCCACGCCCUCCAUCGUCGAGAUCUCUGGUGUCAACGGCGCCAACGCCACUGCCACGCUCGUCAACACCUUCGACUCGGUCACGGGCCUGCUCGGCAUCAUCGAAACGGCUCCGGAUAUCUUCGCUGUCGUCGGCGGCAACUUCACCGAGUCAGGUGCCGGUAUCCCCGGAACCUUCUCGGCUUUCAGCAUUGACUUCAACGCCGCCGCGCCCGAGUUCAGCAACAUCGCCGAGUUUCCUGAGGCGAGCUUCCUCAAUGGACUGGAGGUCUCCAAGGACAAGAACUUCCUGCUGGCUGGUGACGCCGCCCUCGGGAAGGUCUGGCGUGUUAGCCUAACAACUGGCGAGGUCGACGUCGCCCUGGAGCUCCCUGAGAUGCUGCCUCCUGCCAACAGUGUUCCAUUCAUUGGUAUCAACGGAAUCUUUGUCAAAGAUGGCUUCUUCUACUGGGCCUUGAGCCCCGAUGCAACCAUUUUCCGUAUCAAGGUAACCCCUGAAGGCCUCGCUGAGGAUGGCGCUUCUGUCGAGCUGUACGCCAAGAUUGAAGCGGCCCUGAUCGACGACUUCGAGAUCGGCAAGAACGGCAUCGCAUGGGCUGUGACCAACCUUGACAACAAGCUCUUCGCCAUCCGGCCGGACGGAACAAGCCAACUGGUCCUCGGGGGCGACAACGAUACAACCAUUGCUGGCGGUACUGCCGCCAGGUUCGGCCGCACAUCAGCUGACGAUAAGAUCCUAUAUGUCAGCACCUCUGGCGCUCUUGGUCAUCCUGUCAACGGCACUUUCGUCGAGGGCGCAAAGGUCGUUCGUGUCAAUACCAAGGGCUUCGCUUAA